AUGAACUUCGAGGCUUCGACCUACCUCCUGCUGCUCCUGGCGCUCUUCGGAACGUCGUUUCAGAGCGCCCAUGCGCAGGAGCCCGUGAUUUUCAAUGCCGCCGGCUUCGCCAACGUGCAGCAGGCUGUCAAGGACUUCCAGGAUUUCCUGGGAGGCAUGGAUAACGGUAACGAACCGGGACCAAUCGACGAUGGCUUCAGGUCAAUCAACUGGGACGCCGCCGCCGUGCCCUUCGACAUGCCGGGCAACUUCUUCCGCGACACGGUCACGCGCGGCAUCCUGCUCAGCGUCAAGGGCGACGAGUUCCGCGUCAGCAACCCGGCCAAGGACGACCCCGGUUUCCCUGACAACCUCUUCGACAGCAUCAACCCGCAGUACCCCAAGCAGUUCCAGGCGUUCAGCCCGGAGCGCAUCUUCAGCCCGCUCACGCACAAUGUCUUCACGGCCGAGUUCUCGAUCCCGGGCUCGCCAAAAAAUGACGAAGCGUGGAUAGCGGGAUUCGGCGCCAUUUUCGUGGACGUGGACAACGAGAAGGUCAGCAGCAUCGAGUACUUUGACCCCGAGGGCAAGUCGCUGGGCAGCUUUCCUGUGGUGGCGGACCCCCAGGGGCUGUCGUUCCUGGGCGUGUACUUUCCCGACGACGUCGUGGGCAGCGUGGAGGUGACCCUGGGCAACGCCAUUCUGGGCGUGGACGACUUCCCCCCCGAGCACGAGGUGGUGGUCAUGGAUGACUUUUUCUUCUCCGAGCCCGUGGCCCUUAAGAAGCCGGCGGAAAAGCCGGCGGAAAAGCCGGCCAAGUCGCCCGGCUUAACCGUGACCACGACGCCCGCCCCGCCCACGAAGAGCCCGAGCCCGCCGUCGGGGCCGGGCUAUGACCGGUGA